AUGGUCUCUUCGGAUCAGCGUACAUGUCACAACAUGUCGUCUGUCAUAUACCGUGUCAUGGGGCCCCGGUCACCGAUACGGAGCUCGCCACAACCCUCUUUUCUCUGGACGUGUGAAACGUUUGGUCUCAGUUUCGAGCCGUUAGAGACUUUGCCCCCUUUUGUUCCCUGAAACGAGGUCAAGAGACGUUUUAUCUUCCGGCCGGUACAGUAAGUGUUAGAGAGCAGAGUGGAAAAGUACAGUACGGACAGACGGGCGGCGGGUUCGUGGAAUCGCUGAGCUUCUCAGGAACAAACAGGGAUGGAAACGUGAUAUUUGUACUGAUCUCUCGGCCUGAUUGUGUCUGCGUGUUCCACAGUGAAGCUACACAUGACACCCACUGACCAUGUGCCCCCCCCCACCCCCCCCGCAGGCCUGCCGUACGGCUGGGACGAGGCCUUCACUGCAGACGGAGUCAAAUACUACAUCAAUCACGUGACCCAGACGACGUCAUGGAGCCUUCCUGCGACGACCAGCAGCGGCACGGCGCCGCCUCCCACGCCCCCGGAGACCUCGGCGCCGGACGCGGAGGCGGCGGAGCGGAGACCUGGGGGCCCGUCCAUCGAGACGGAGAUGUAGACCUGCAGCCGUUUGUGUCGAGCUCCUGAAGCUCUGAGCGACGAAUCAUCAGCGAUUU